AUGUUGCAUGCCAUUCUUGCACUACGUUGUCACAUUAGGUUCGGUUUUUCUCAUUGUCAGCUGUACUACGUUACAUUUUUUACAUUUAAAAUAAAAAAUAUAUAUAUUUGAAAGAAAAAAAGAGGCAAAAGUGAAAAUCGACAGCAUAUACUACAAGUGCAAUUAAAUUAACAAACCUAUCACGUGUAUGAGUGUAUGAUAGCAGAAUGGAAUGUGUAAAUAUUUCAUGGUCGAAAAAAACUCUGUAUAUUUAAAGAAAUAUGACGUUAUCUAAUACGUACAGAUAUGUAUUAAGCAGAUUUGCAAACAAAGAACAUUCUCUAUACCCGUAAAUGUUCAUGUUCUGUGUAAUAACAACAUUGAACAAGAAUUCUGUUGUAUAACCUCUAUCUGCACUUGCACUGUUAUUCAAAAUGAGUAAUUCCAUUAUGGAUAGUCCAGGCUCUAAAGCUCUUGAAGCUGCCAAGGAUAUAAAAGAUCUGGCAAUAUUUAAGAAGCCUAUUGGAUCUGCAAAAAGGAGCAAAAGUACUCAACCAAAGAUCUUAGAUGAAGACACAUAUAUCGAGAAAAUGAGUGAAAUCAUACAAAGGGAUUUCUUUCCACAUCUAGAAAAAUUACAAGCACAGAAUGAAUAUCUAGAUGCUUUAGAGCAUAAUGAUAUAAAGAGAAUGAGAGAGUUAUAUGAGAAAUAUAGCUCCGGUCGACCUAUCACAGAAAGGCCAGUUAGUCCUGCAACUUUUGAAACUCCGCUACGCCGAACUGAGUCGGAUGAAUUGCCAUGCACCUCUGAAGUAUCGUCCCAGGAAACAUCUGUCGAAUAUGUAAAAAAGGAUAAUAAAGAAGAAAAUAAAACUGGUCUCGACGAUUAUUUAAGUUCUCAUACAAGUGAAGAUAAUGCUAGUUUUGAAGAGAUGAUGAUCGAGGCCGAAAACAAACGUAAAUUGAAGUACGCCUGGCUUUAUGAGGCGGAAGAGAAAUCAAAAUCGUGGCUCGCCAUUGACAAACCUGCGACUGAUAUUCUAGCAAUCGAAGGAUCAAAUACUAGGCCCAAACAAGUAGAUAGUUGGGCUUAUAAGAAUAAAAAUUACAUUAUGUAUAUUCCUGAUGGAGUGGAACUUACAGCUGAAGAGAAAAUAGAGUUAGCUAAAAAGAAGCAAACUGUAUUGCAUGAAAAUACGAGACUGAGGAUAAAUCCAUUCAACGAGCAACAAAAUAAGGAAACUAUCAAUGAAUUGGCUAAGUCGCAAUCCAGAACUAAUGAUGGUAAGAUUGGUGUGGACGGCAAAGAAGUCGUCAGGAAUGCGACGCCGCGAGUAAAUGGCUUUAGUUUUGUGGCUACGCCAAGUCCAAGACCAGGAGAGUGUGAAAGUCCAUUGAUGACAUGGGGUCAAAUUGAAGGGACACCUUUCCGAUUAGAUGGUGGUGACACUCCAUUGUUAAGAACAAGUCAAGGUCCAUCUUUUAGAAUAGCGGAACCACCAAAAAGGGAGCAAUUGGCAUUGCAGUUGGCUGAGAAAGCUGGCGAAAGGCACAGAGAUCNNAAGAAUAAGGCCUUAGAAGCAGCUAGAAGAUCAUUAGCCACUCCAUCACCAAGAUCGACUAUAGAUCGUUUGAGCACAAUGUCUCCUGCAGCGAGAAGAUUAGCGACACAAAAACUCCGGAUAUCAAGUACACCAUCGCCCGGGCGAAUAUUAUCGUCGAGGACCCCGUCUAUAGGCAUCAGGACACCUAACACACCACGUGCGAUCACGUCAACUAAAAACGCUAUCUCUCAAAAAUCGGGAACAAAUACUAUGCGAAUACAAGGACCUGUACUUACUGAUAAUUUACUCAAUCUACCUCUGCAACGGCAACGAGCGUCGGACUUUUUUAACAAAUGAGGACUUUUAAGUUGAAAGAUCGUGUAAAAAAAUCGUGUAUAAUAAUUUUUAUUUAGAAUUUGAACAAUGUAUAAAUAUCAAGUUUGUCUGUUUAUACUAAUAUUAAGGAGAUAAUUCAUAUAUGAUAUAAUAUAUGAUCAACUAUAACAUUUUCAAUACAAUAUGUACAAAGCUUUCAAAUUUGUAUUUUAUUGAAUAUUGUCUACAAUUAUAUUUUAUUUCAUAUUUCAAUUUACAGUUUCCUAAUAGAUGUAUUUUUGUAUAAAUAACUGUUAUAUACU